CGCGAAACAGAUCGCGCGAGCGCGCGACGCACGAACGCGCGAACGAACGAGGCAUCGAACGAGGUCGAACGUCGGCGCGCGAAGCGGACGCGAUGGGCGGACACUCGAUCAACGAUGCGUACGAAAAGCUGGAAAAGAUUGGACAGGGGACGUACGGGAAGGUGUACAAGGCGCGCGAACGGGCGAACGGACGGCUGGUGGCGCUGAAGAAGACGAGGUUGGAGAUGGAGGAGGAGGGCGUGCCGUCGACGGCGCUGCGAGAGGUGAGCCUGUUGCAAAUGUUGAGCGAGAGCCCGUACAUCGUGCGAUUGCUUCGCGUCGAGCACGUGGAGGAAGACGGCAAGGCGAUGCUGUAUCUGGUGUUCGAAUUCUUGGAUCAAGAUUUGAAGCAAUACAUGGAUAUGACUGGACGCGGGCCGACGAACCCGUUGCCGACGAGCGUGGUGCAAAACUACAUGUACCAGCUGUGUUUGGGGUGCGCGCACUUGCACAAGCACGGGGUGAUGCAUCGGGAUUUGAAACCGCAGAACAUGCUGGUGGAUAAGGCGAAGAAUCUGCUCAAGAUUGCGGAUUUAGGACUCGGUAGAGCGUUCAGCGUGCCGGUGAAGAGUUACACGCACGAAAUCGUCACGCUGUGGUAUCGCGCGCCCGAAGUCUUGCUCGGGGGCUCGCAUUACUCCACUCCGGUCGAUAUGUGGAGCGUCGGGUGUAUGUUUGCCGAGAUGGCGCGCAAGCAACCGCUUUUCCCGGGUGACUCCGAGCUUCAACAGUUGUUGCACAUCUUCAAGCUUCUCGGAACGCCGAGCGAGCAAACGUGGCCGGGCGUCUCCAACCUUCGCGACUGGCACGAGUUCCCGCAGUGGAAGCCGCAAGAUCUGUCCAAGGUGAUCCCGCAGCUCGACGAGCACGGCAUCGACUUGCUCUCCAAGCUUCUCGUCUACGAUCCUGCCAAGCGCAUCCACGCCACGGACGCCUUGGAGCACCCGUACUUUGACUCUCUCGACAAGUCGCAGUUCGAGCAAAUCGAACGCGAGUUCGAAAUCGAGUUCGCGCAAGAAAAGGAGAAUCGCAUGGCGCAAUGAUUCACUCGUCGCACGACCGAUCGACGCACGAUCAGCGGUUUUCACCGCUAACUUAAUCACUCACACUUCAUU